UAUUGCACUUCUAGUCUAUACUUUUGUUUAGUUUUUUAAGUAAUGGUUUUAUUGAAUCAACAGUUAGUUGUCUUAYAGUUAUAAAGCAUUGAUUAUAUAUAUAUUGUGUCAACACUUUGAUUGUCCAGACAUUUGAUCGACAAUAUUAGUGAUCUGAAGAUUCAAAGAACCACAAGAAAUAAUAGUGAAGAGUGUCAUCAAUAAUGAGUAAACAAUUUUCUGAACCAAACAGACCGUCCAGAUGUUUGUGGAGUCUCGACAAGUCAUCGACAGCUGAGGACCCGCAUCGACACGAUUGCCUCAAACAGAAACCGAAGAUAUUGUCCAACAUUUUGGACCAAAUCGGUGACACACCACUCGUUAGACUCAAUAAGAUCGCUAAACAGUAUGGCGUCCGUUGCGAAGUGUUGGCCAAAUGUGAGUAUUUUAAUGCCGGCGGAAGUGUUAAGGACAGGAUUGCAUUGAAGAUGGUUUGCGAUGCAGAAAGAGAUGGUAUUCUGAAGGAAGGCUAUACUAUCAUAGAGCCGACCAGUGGUAACACCGGUAUUGGACUGGCGUUGGCCGCUGCGGUCAAGGGAUACAAAUGUAUAAUUGUUAUGCCGGAGAAAAUGUCAAACGAAAAGAUGAAUACUUUGCACGCUUUGGGCGCGAAGAUUGUGCGGACACCGACUUCGGCCAGUUUUGACUCACCGAACAGUCACAUACACGUCGCCCGAAGACUUUGUCAACAAAUCAAAAACUCUAUUAUAUUGGAUCAGUACUGUAAUGCCAGCAAUCCUAUAGCUCAUUACGACACGACCGCUGAAGAGAUAUUGCAACAGACAGAUAACAAUGUGGAUAUGGUUGUUGUCGGCGCCGGAACCGGUGGUUCCGUCACUGGAAUCGGUCGAAAAAUUAAGGAAGUACUGCCUGACUGUCAGAUUGUCGGUGUCGACCCUUUGGGAUCAAUUCUGGCCGAACCUGAAGAGCUUAACAAAACAGAGACAACUUUUUAUGAGGUCGAAGGCAUUGGUUAUGAUUUUGUUCCGACUGUUUUGGAUAGAAGUGUUGUCGACAAAUGGUAUAAAAGUGAUGACAAAUCCUCACUAGAAAUGGCACGAAAACUGAUUGCAGAAGAAGGCCUACUAUGUGGCGGAAGUUCGGGCACUGCUGUUGUGGCGGCUAUGAAGGCGGCUAAAGAUCUGAGAGAAGAUCAACGUUGUGUUGUUGUACUUCCGGAUGGCGUCAGGAAUUAUAUGACCAAAUUCUUAGAAGACGAGUGGAUGAUUGAACGCAACUUUGCCGUCACUGACAUUGAUAACAAUGACGUCGAACAGAAACCGUGGUUUUGGGACGAACCCAUCGACAACUUGGUUCACGGCAUGAAUGUGGACAGUGUUAGUCCGCGCACCAAAUGUUUUGACGCCAUUUCCAUUAUGAGAAAACAUGGUUACGAUCAGCUACCUGUUCUUAACGAUGAUAGCAUUAUGAUGGGAAUGAUUACCGUCGGCCACAUUAUGGCCAAAAUGUCGGGACAAAACAUUACGAUGGAUAGUCCUGUUAGCGAAGUAUUGAUAACUAGUUAUCCAAAAAUCGAAAGACAAGGAAAGUUAGGAUCAAUUUCGCGCAUUUUGAAGACACAUCCCUAUGUGGUUGUCUUCGAUGCCGUCUCUGACCGAUCCGAGAGGAUCGCCGGUAUUAUCACUCACAUCGAUAUCCUUAACUAUUUGGCUGAACUCGACUCAUAUGAACAAUAAUGACURUCCUUUUAAUUGAUAUCUUUUUUAAUAAAAGACUCAAAAUUAGCGCUAAAUUAAUUUAAUUUUAAAAUUAAUGAUAAUUUGACUAAACAUUGUAUUAAUUUAUAGAUUACGGUAUAUGUUUUUAAUGCUUAAAUCAAUCAUUAUUGACAGUAAUUGACAUUUUUUUGUCUGAAUUUUUUUUAUUGAAUAUGUCCUUCACUGACAUUUUACAAUAUUUACACAAUUCAUGUAUACAUUCAUAUAUUUUUUUAUUUCAAUUUGA